ACUUUCUUCUAACGACACUGAAAGAGAGGGGUCUGGAACCAGGGGACGUUAACGUGGUGGUGGGGACUCACGGACAUUCAGACCAUGUAGGUAAUCUGAGUGUUUUUCCAGCAGCAGUGAUGAUUGUGGGAUAUGACGUCAGUGAAGGGGACACAUACCGUCCCAACCAGCUGGCAGAGGGACAGGCGUACUCCAUUGAUAAGCAGUGAACCUUUUACCGUCAAUGAGGGCAUAGGAGCCUCUGAAUCCGGCUUUCUUUCCCUCUUUCCUUGCUUGUUCCACCAGCGGCCACAACUUGUUCCUUGCAUCUUUCAUCUCUUGGGUCAGAUCCUCGAAGAUUUUGAUUUUCCUCUCCCUGAGCAGCUUAGAGGUUCGCGCAUCUCUCCAGAUCUUGUCCCGGUGGGUGUGAGACAGGAACUGCACAGUGAUGCGGCGGCUGGAGAGACGGUCCGCAGAGCGGGGUCCAAGCCUGUGGACGAUGUCCAUAGAGAAGUGCAGGUGUUGAGCGAUGUCAGGAGAGACCAUGCCGAGGAUGUCGAUGAUGGUUUUCUUGAUGUCUUCUCCGGCCUGUUCGGGGAUCCCAGCCACUCGGAGGUUCCAUCUUCUUUGGUAACUGUAGUCCCCAGUCCAGGCCACACAGGACAAGAUGUCAGCGUCCAGGUGACGGAAACCUCAGUGGGCACAGUGCUUGUUGCAGGGGACUUAUUUGAGUGCUGCUCAGAUGAAGACAGCUGGCGGGAUUUGAGUAUGAACACUGCAGUGCAGGAGGUCAACCGCCAGGAGGCACUACGUACCGCUGAUGUCAUCAUACCGGGUCAUGGACUCCCAUUUAGAGUCCUCAGGAACUGAUUAGCCAAUCUUGAAGAUCCAUAGUCCUUUCUCUCUGCAGGCGGUUUGACUUGUAACAGCAGGAAAAGCACAGGUGAAACUGAAUGGGUUAACAAUGACUCAGUUCCAUCAAGUGUCCAUUAAGCCAUGACAGGGAGGUGGCAUGCAUGAUACCAGGACUCUGGAUCUAACUUAUGUAAGUGGAAAGCAGUGAUUUUUAAUGUUGUCACUUACAGCUGGGCUUUUCCUGCUGCGAUAAUCUUGAAUUUCUGCUGUGGAAAGGUCUACACUGGGUUAUAUAAGGAUAUGACUUGACUGAGUGUAGGUGGAGUUUUACAACUUAACUCAAUUGUUGUAUUUCCAACCAAAGUUCACACAGGGUCAGCUCACUCAAGAACACUGCUUAUCUGUAAACAUUAAAAUUACAGAUAUACUUUCAGAUAUGAGUGAAAUAUAUGUGUUCUUCAUUGAAUAAAAUAUAUUUUAAUACAGAUAUAUUUUACUGCUGUGCUCAACGUUCAUAGAAUCAGACAACACUGAAGACACAGCAUGAGAUCCAAAUCUAAAAAUUGAGGACUCCUCACCACUAGAAUUUAGAAGAAUGGCUUCUCUUCCGUUCCCAAAUGAAUUCAAAGGCUUCAACAAUUCUGUAAUACUAGGUUUGUUUAUUGUCUCCACCAGAUGUAAGCCUGCAGCUAAUUUCACAUACUACUGGACCCAUCAGCCUAAUAUUUUGUGUACACAGUAUGACAGUAUGCUCAUGGACCUCUUGUACUUGCAGUGAUUUAUAAUUAUUGAAAAAAAACUGUUUUAUUGAAUGUUUUAUACUGCCAUUGACUGUUUAGUCCUUUUGAGCAACCAGUCAGGGCUUCAAGUCCUCAGCCAAAUCACUUAGUUAAAUACAUUUCUGGAAGUUGUCUCAGCUCAAAACAAGAAGCCUUUCUGAAUCUGCAGGUCACAUUUUAGUCUUCAUUGUGGCUCAAACACCGACAUCCAUUGAAAAGUUUGGUCUCAUUUUGAACUAGAGCAUCUGCAGACUUACUCCAUGGCUGAUGUAAUAUGAUUCACUAAAGUUAGGCAAGAUACAAGACAAAAAAAGAAGAAAAGUUUGUUAUCUUUUUGACUGAAAGGGAGCCUGGUGGGACAGAGUGGCAGCGAUCAGCUCUGGUGGCCUCCUGGCACAGAUCUGCACUCUACUGAGUGCACAUUUCUAAGUUUUGUAAUGUUUUUAAAAAUAAAUUGGUAAACCACAUGAUUUUCUGGAAAAGUGGUUUAAUAAACCUGAAACACAAAGUUGACACA